CACAAGGUCUACAUCUACAAAUCACAAAACCCAUUUUUUCCGUUUUUUCCACUACAGCUUCCCCUAAUUACGUAGAAGAAGAAAAUAAUCUCUUUCGAUUGCCUAUAAACUGUGAAAUAGAAUCCAGAAAAGACUGUGAACUCUGGGUGGAGCACAUGGAGUGUGUAAUCUUUCUGAGCUACAGAACACACUAAAAGGGAAUAAUGAAUUAACAUGAUGGGAAACAUUAAUCACCAAAGGAAACCUCCAUUAGAUGCUGGCAAAGCAAAUCAAAUUGAGAUCAGUAAGGAAGAACCUGCAUGCUGCUCAAACGACAAUGCGGUGACACCACAAAUGGACUCUUUACUCAAUGAAGAUAACAAAGAAAUGUUUUAUAAAUUUGUAAUUCUUCAUGCUGAAACAGAUAUAAAUGAGGCCGUGAGAAUGAAGGAUAUGUUGCAAGAUACUUUCCACGUCAAGCCAGGGAUUAUAUUUGCAGAAAUGCCUGCAGGACAGCAUAUAUUUAAAACCCUGGACAAUGCAAUAAAUGGAUCAGCCUGGACUAUUAUAUUACUCACUGAGAACUUCCUCAAAGAAACUUGGUGUGAGUUCCAGUUUAAUGCCACGUUAAUCAAUUCCAUUAAUAUGUAUCAUAAAUAUAACACUGUGAUCCCAGUGAGACCGAAAGACAAUUACCUGCCAAGAGACAAGACACCCUUUCCAAUAAAUCUUUUUAACGCCUUGGAAGAAACGAGACCAGAGUUCAGUCGGCUAGUGGAAAGAACCUUCCAAGAGUCCAUAUAUCAGAAGCAUUAUGCAACAUGGAAAGCUGAGAAGGAUAGCAUUGAACAAAGAGAAAUAUAACAUAUGUAUAUGAGAUAACCAGGAGGACACUGAUGCCGCAUGCACACGACCGUUUUUCAUGUCAUGGAAAAAACCUAAGUUUUUCUCAACGUGAUUCCUCUCAAGCCUGCCUUG